CGAUGGAUAACAAGCGAAAUCAGCACCAUUCCACUCGUCACCCAGGGAAGCGCGCCCCUGGGGCGCCUAAGCGCCACCGUUUUUUCUCUAGUCCGGCCCACCAUUGGGUCUCUAAGACCUCCCGUGUCAAACAAGAGGAGGGUGACUGUAAAUUCAUCAUUGAAGCUUGGGGACUGGGAGAAAGCUUCUGCCCAAUCUCAAGUGAAAGCUCUUCCUUGUAAUCUGUACAUUGGAAAUAAUUUCAGCGUUCGAAUUUACGAUUAUUUUGCAAUACAGAAGUCUGUACAGAAUAACAAGGAUGGGGGUUUGGUUCAUUUGGAUUUCGACCCAGUUAUACACUUCAAACACAUGAAGCUGUCCACGGCAGCCGAGAAAAUAUGGAGUGUUCCUAAUGCUGGGGGUAAUUCUGUUAUUUCGGAAGUCCUCUCCUUUGAAACGUUCCACAGAUGUUUCCACGCUAAGCUUCUCAAGACUGAAAUGGAGGUUUCUUACUUCCCAGAAGGAGGUUCUAUAACUGAUUACGUUUGUGAAAUUUUCGACACAAAAGUGGGCGUGUCUGUCACACGUGCUAUGAAGUACCGAGGCGACUUUACAGAGGAGGACGCUCAACAUCUCCUGACGAAGAAGCUGAGAGGGGUAAAUCAAGCAAACAGAAAUACAUUGGAGAAAUGGAAUAAGCAGAUCCUCCAUGUAUGGGUCCAAAACAAGGAGGUAGCUAAUCUGAUCACUAAAACGUUCAAAAACCUGUCAAUGGAUCUGGUGUCCAAUACUGUAGUGGUCAUCUCUAGGAGUCGUCGGUCAGACUUCAUCUUCUACAAUCCCUGACAAAAGACCGUGAACUACUGAA